AUGUAUCAUUUAAGUGCUGAGAAACAUCUUGUAACCACAACUAUGUCAAUCAGUACUCAAACAUCUAACUAUUCAAAAUCAAACGGGCUUAAUCUAAAAAUACACCAACUAAAAAAAACCAACUCCCUUGGUUGA